AUGUCGUACAGACCGGUCGCCGCCUCUGCGCAAUGGGCGCGCAUGCUUAGCCGAGCCAGACGUCCUAUCGCGACCACGACGAUUUCCAGCCAGCGUCUUCAACCCACAGCGUCCGUAACUCGACACGUGCGAUGCCAGUACCGUACCAUCGGAACGACAACUGCCAACCGCGCGACUCUGGACGAGACUUCUUGGGCUGCUCCACCGGCCGAGGAGAAGAGAGGGCCCCAGACUCUGACCGAAAAGAUCAUUCAGGACCACGCCGUCGGUCUGCCGCCAGGGAAGACUGUGCGAAGCGGGUCGUUCGUCUCAGUCAAACCAUGGAGAUUACUCACACACGAUAAUACGGCUGCCGUGAUGGGAAAGGUAUUAAAGUGGCCGGACUUUAAGGGUCUCAAGGACCCCAAGCAAAUGGUGUUUGCGAUCGAUCACGACGUGCAGAACAAAUCGGAGACCAACCUCAAAAAAUACAAAAUGAUUGAAGCUUUUGCUGAGCAAAAUGACGUGGCUUUCUACCCUGCGGGACACGGAAUAUCUCAUCAGGUGAUGAUUGAGGAAUUAUUUGUUUGGCCAGGCAAGCUCUGUGUUGGGUCCGACUCACAUUCAACGAGUUACUCUGCGCUUGGCGCCGGAGGGUUCUCUGUGGUGAGGACGGACGCCGCGGGCAUUUGGGCGACCGGUCAAACCUGGUUCCAGGUUCCCCCGGUAGCCAAGGUCAAUUUCACUGGUGUCCUUCCUCCCGGUGUUGCCGGAAAAGAUGUCAUUGUCGCACUGUGCGGACUGUUCCAAAGCGAUGUGCUGAAUCACGCAGUCGAAUUCUCCGGAUCCGAAGAGACCAUGGCAAGCAUUCCGAUCGAUGAUAGGAUCUCGAUUAGCAACAUGUGUACUGAAUGGGGUGCCCUAACAGGGCUGUUCCCUGUGGACAAGACUUUGGAGCGCUGGCUCCGCUACAAGGCGACGGAGGCGGCCAUGUGUCCCGAACGCAAUACUAUCGAGCGCAUCACGCACGAAAAGAUCGACGAACUCUACGCCAAUCCCCCUAGGGCCGAUCCGAACGCUCAAUACGCCAAGCAACUUUAUAUCAACCUUUCCACUGUCUCACCAUAUGUUUCAGGCCCCAACUCUGUCAAGAUUUCAACACCGCUGAACGAGCUUGCGCCCAAGAAGAUCAAGGUGGACAAGGCCUACAUCGUGUCGUGCACCAACAGCCGAGCCUCUGAUCUUGCAGCUGCCGCCAAGGUCUUCAAGGACGCGGCCAAGGCCAACGGCGGCAAGAUUCCCAAGAUUGCGGACGGUGUCAAGCUGUACAUUGCUGCGGCUUCGGCCCGCGAGCAGGAAGCUGCAGAGGAUGCAGGUGACUGGCAAGCUCUGCUUGAGGCCGGCAGCAUUGAACUGCCCGCUGCUUGCGGGCCGUGUAUUGGCAUGGGGGCCGGUCUCUUGGAGCCGGGCGAGGUGGGCAUCUCUGCUUCGAACCGCAACUUCAAGGGACGCAUGGGCAGCCGAGAUGCGCUGGCUUACCUCUCGAGCCCCGAGGUUGUCGCCGCCAGCGCCCUCAGCGGCUUCAUCUCAGGAACGGACGCCUACACGGUGCCGGAAGACUACAAGGGCGUGGAGCACGGGUACGGCACUGGCGCGCCCGAGACGACGGAGAGCCAACUCGGAAACGUCCUUGAGCAGCUCGAAUCCCUCAUCGACCGCGUCGAAUCCUCUGCCGGCGGCGAUGAGUCCUCCCAGGGCGGUACCCAGAUCCUGUCCGGCUUCCCCGAGAAGAUAUCCGGCGAAAUUGUCUUUUGCGACAUGGAUAACCUGGACACGGACAAUAUCUACGCUGGAAAGUAUACGUACCAGGACGACCUCACCAAAGAGACCAUGGCCCAGGUGUGCAUGGAGAAUUACGACCCCGAGUUUCGCCACGUUGCCAAGCCCAACGACAUUUUGGUGUCGGGCUACAACUUUGGCUGCGGUUCGUCGAGAGAGCAGGCCGCCACGGCGCUGCUGGCCAAACAGAUCCCGCUAGUCGUGUCGGGCAGCUUCGGCAGCAUCUUUUCCCGCAACAGCAUCAACAACGGUCUGCUGGGCCUCGAAGUCCCGCGGCUGGUGGAGCGCCUGCGCGCCGUCUUCACCGACAAGGUCACGACGCGGCGCACGGGCUGGACGCUCACGUGGGACGUGGCACGGAGCGUCGUCCAGGUCCAGGAGGGCGAGGGCGGCGAGCAGUGGGAGGAAAAGGUGGGCGAGUUCCCCGCGAACCUGCAAGAGAUUAUCGCAAAGGGCGGCUUGGAGAAGUGGAUCAUGGACGAGAUGGCAAAGGAGUAG